AUGCAUCUCCCCUUAACCGGCCUCCUCGCCCUUCUCCCAGCCUUCGGCCUGGCCCAGGGUCCAUCGGGCAGCGGCAAGACCACGCGCUACUGGGACUGCUGCAAGCCGUCGUGCGCGUGGCCGAGGAAGGGCAACUCGCCCACGCCGGUCAAGACGUGUGACAAGAGCGACAACCCGCUCAACGAUGGCGGCAACACCAAGUCGGGCUGCGACAACGGCGGCGGCGCAUACAUGUGCUCCAACCAGAGCCCCUGGGCCGUCAACGACUCGCUGGCCUACGGCUGGGCCGCCGUGAAUAUUGCCGGCAGCAACGAGGCCGCCUGGUGCUGUGCCUGCUACGAGCUGACCUUCACGAGCGGGCCGGUGCAGGGCAAGAAGAUGAUUGUGCAGGCGACGAAUACGGGAGGGGAUCUGGGGAACAAUCACUUUGAUCUCGCGAUCCCAGGCGGUGGCGUUGGCAUGUUCAACGCCUGCACCCAGCAGUACGGCGCUCCCCAGAACGGCUGGGGCGACCGGUACGGUGGCAUCCACUCCAAGAGCGAGUGCGACGGCUUCCCGGCGGCGCUCAAGGCCGGCUGCAACUGGCGUUUCGACUGGUUCCAGGGCGCCGAUAAUCCGUCGGUCACCUUCAGGCAGGUGGCCUGUCCGAGGGCUAUCACCGACAAGAGCGGCUGCGUCCGCCAGAACGAUGUCAUCAAUGAGACACCCACAAGCUAG